AUGAAGACUUUUGCCCUUUCCACCCUUCUCGCAACCGGCGCCCUCGCCGCCACCAUCCCCAGCACCGCUGCUCCAAUCUGCAAAUUCAAGCGUGAUCUCACGGCCACCCCCGUUGAGAGCCGCGACCUCGGCCAGACGACAUGGAACCCGCCUUCCAACCUCGUGACCCCGCUUAAAGAAGUCUGGGAUCACGAGAUCGCCACCUACAGUGAUGCGCUCGGCUUCAAGAAUUAUGGCUACGAUCAAGUCAUGGCCGGCAAGGGUAAGAUCAACUACUGCGUUCGCUGGGACUCGAGCAAGUCUGUGCCGGCGGAACAGCGUACGCAAAUUGAGACUGCGGUUCGCAAGCAGUUCAACAAGUGGAUUGCCGUGCUCGCUGGGUUUGAAGAUUUCCCGUAUGAGACGGUUGAUGUGAACGUUGUAGGCUGGGCUGUUCGCGACAAGAACCUGCUUCAGGGUGAUACGUCGGGCAUCCAGGUGUACACCGAUAAGGAUGCAGAUGGUAUCCCACAAUGCGCCGAGGACUGCGGUCGUUUCUUCCACCAGGAUGGUGAUUACAGCAAGUGCGCUGCAGGCACUGACCGCCACUAUGACCAAUCCCUCUGGCUCACCGACGGCUUCGAGGGUGGCGCAGGAGGCGACUGGGGCCAGCGCGUCGGCAGCGACUACUUCCUCGAAGCCCUGAGUAGCGAGAACAUCCACAUUGUGCUGCACGAGAUGGGUCACACCUUUGCGCUCGACGACUUCUAUGACUGGACUCCCACUGGCAUCACGAACUUCAUCAUGCUGGCUGGCUCUGCAACUGAGAUUACCGAGUUCGAUGCUUGGAUGGCGAGGGAUUGGUGGAGGAACUUGAAGUCCAGAUACGGAUUGUAA